AUGGGCUGCCUGGACUGCUUGGCGAAGUGCGUGAGCGCGCUGCUGCUGAUCACCAUCAACGUUUUCCUAGCGCUCGGCGCCGGCUUGGUACUCUAUGUGGCCGUAUUCGUGCGUCACACGGGCUGGGUGGAAGUCAUCCAGGCCUAUUGGUCUCCUAUUAACGGACUCGCUACGACGCUCAUCUGCGUGGCCGGCGUGGUCAUGGCCAUGGCAGCACUUGGUACUGUAGCCACACUUUGUCGCUGGAGAGCUGGGCUCUGCUAUUACAUGGUGUUUGUGAUACUCGUGCUGCUGCUCUUCGCCCUUGUUGGCGUUUGCUCCUUCCUGCUCUGGGAUAUGUUUUCUGGCUGGGAGGAUGAAGCGUAUCCGGCCAGCAGUAGCGAAUCAGACAUCAAGGGCGAUUUUGACCAAGUGUACUGCUACGCCCAGGGCGUGUAUAUCUGCAACGAAGGCUCAGCUUCCGACGCGCUGACCAUGUUCGCACCCGACCUGAAUUCGACUAUCACCGACUUGUUUAAGAACGUUACGGGCGGUGUCAACACACUCUGCGAUGACUACUUGAACGAUUAUAAAGAGCUCGCAGAUGUGUGCGACGGAUGUGAUAAAGCACGUGAGUUCAACCACUUUUCGUCUGUACUCGAGUGGUCUAGAAACGAGUGUGAACCUGACGCGAAAACUUUGGCGUGGUGUGGGAAUUGGUUUCUCGACGGGAAUGCAGCAAACACAACAGGGACAACAGAUCCUUACACACACUGCCGAGGCGCGUUCCUCGACCUUGUCAGCAAUUACUCACUUUACCUGGCAAUCGGAAGUGUCAUCGUCGUCAUCGGCUCAGUGGCAGUCAUUAUCAUGUCGUGCUAUCUACGUCGUCGCGACAUGUACAUGUAUGACGUCUAUGAGGCGUACUAG